AUGACCCUGAGGACAAGGCAGAGGAAGAGACCAGCUAGUGGUAGUGAAAUCCAGUUGAGUAACAGAUUUGCUGAACUAGUGAAUGAGGAGAAACAGGCAGAAGAUGGUGUGGAUGUAGUUUUGGGUGAAAAGUGUGGAGAUCUAGAUCUCAGAAAUGAUUCAGAUAUUCCAGAAGUGCCGCCAUCAAGAGACAGCACUCCAGAAAUUCUCAAGAAAGCUCUGUCCGGCUUGUCUUCUAGAUGGAAAAACUGGUGGAUUCGUGGAAUUUUAACAUUAGCUAUGAUAUCGUUAUUUUUCCUGAUCAUAUAUCUUGGAUCAUUUAUGCUGAUGCUUCUUGUCUUGAGCAUUCAAGUAAAAUGUUUCCAUGAAAUCAUUACUAUAGGCUACAGAGUCUAUCAUUCCUAUGAAUUACCAUGGUUUAGAACCUUAAGCUGGUACUUUUUGUUGUGUGUGAACUAUUUUUUCUAUGGAGAGACAGUGGCAGACUACUUCGCUACGUUUGUUCAGAGAAGAGAGCAACUUCAAUUCCUAAUUCGCUACCACAGGUUUAUAUCUUUUACACUCUACUUGACAGGUUUCUGCAUGUUUGUACUGAGCUUAGUGAAGAGACAUUAUCGUCUGCAGUUCUACAUGUUCGCAUGGACUCAUGUCACUUUGCUGAUCACUGUAACUCAGUCUCAUCUUGUCAUCCAAAAUCUGUUUGAAGGCAUGAUCUGGUUUCUGGUUCCAAUCUCAAGUGUUAUCUGCAAUGAUAUUACUGCUUACAUUUUUGGAUUCUUCUUUGGGAGAACUCCAUUAAUUAAGCUGUCUCCUAAAAAGACCUGGGAAGGGUUCAUUGGAGGUUUCUUUUCCACUGUUGCAUUUGGAUUUAUUUUUGCCUACCUUUUGGCUCAGUAUCAGUAUUUUGUAUGUCCAGUGGAAUACAAUAGUGAAACAAACAGAUUUGUUACAGAGUGUGCACCGUCAGAGCUCUUCCAGAUACAGAACUACUCUGUACCCCCAUUUCUGCAGGAUGUGUUGGGAAGGGAAACAGUGAAUAUGUACCCAUUCCAGAUGCACAGCAUUGCUUUGUCAACAUUUGCAUCUUUAAUUGGGCCAUUUGGAGGCUUUUUUGCUAGUGGAUUCAAAAGAGCUUUCAAAAUCAAGGAUUUUGCAGACACUAUUCCUGGCCAUGGCGGAAUAAUGGAUCGCUUUGAUUGUCAGUACUUGAUGGCUACUUUUGUUCAUGUGUAUAUCACCAGUUUCAUAAGGGGUCCAAAUCCCAGCAAAUUACUGCAACAACUGUUGGUACUUCAGCCAGAACAGCAAUUAAAUGUAUACCAAACCCUGAAAUCUCAUCUAAUUGAAAAAGGAAUCCUUCAGCCAUCACUGAGGGGAAAGUUGGACUGA